AUGGAGCUCAAGAAGCGCCUCAACUUUGGCAGCUUGAUGCGCAAACGGUCUUCCCAGGAUGUCAAUAUCGAUCCAAAUGCUGACACGCCCGAGGCCAAUGCCACCAGGGGAGUGAUGCUCUUCUGCGAGUCUGGUGCCGCCAACUCGGGCGAAGAAGUCCUCCACCUGCCUACCAUCGUCGAGUCCGCCGUCGCAAGCCCGAGCGCUGCAUCAGCCGCCGCCAGACAGAUCCGCAUCUUCCUCUCCAAAGAAAACUACGCCCGCCCUCAUGUCCAGUACAAUGCCAUUAUGCUCAUCAGAAUCUUGGCCGACAAUCCGGGCCCUUCUUUUACCAAGAACCUCGACAAGCAGUUCGCCGAUACAGUCAAGUACCUACUCCGCAAUGGUCAAGACCCAAGUGUAGCGCAGAUUGUCAAGGAGACGCUGGAUUCCAUGGAGCGAGAAAAGGGAUAUGACACCAACCUAAACACGCUGUUCACCAUGUACAAGAAGGAGAAGGGCCUUAUGGCUGUUGCCGCAAAGCAGUUCGGCCCCCGGAAGCUCAAUGCGCCAGGUUGGUCAGGGUCCCAGAACGUACAGGGCGGCUUCAGUUCAGGGCACAGGUCGUCGUCUAAGACAUUGCCGCCACCAGCAGAGCUUGCAGGUCGCAUUGAGGAAGCGCGCACAUCGGCCAAGCUUCUCUUACAGCUUGUCCAGUCCACACCAGCAAAUGAACUACUUGGUAACGAACUGGUCAAGGAGUUCGCUGAGCGCUGCACGACCGCCCAGCGUAGCAUACACGGCUACAUCGCAUGCGACAAUCCGGCACCCGACGAUGAUACUAUGCUCACGUUGAUCGAAACCAACGAGCAGCUCUCCCUCGCUGCUUCCAAGCAUCAGCGCGCCAUCCUCCAGGCCCGUCGGUUCAUGGGUGCCUCGCCGUCUCCACCAGUGCAGAAUGGAAACGCCAUGCCGCCGCCGCCGCCAAAUGGUAACACUAGUCCAGCUGGUGUGCCUACACACAGCGAUGCGCCUUCGAUACCCUCCAUGAACUUUGGAACGAUGCAGCCCACCCAACCGGCUGGCACAACAUCUACCAACUAUGGAAGCGACGAAAACAAUCUUCCUCCGUCACUGCAGGCCGCACCGAAUCGUACACAACCGAGCGCACAAGAAGAGAACCCGUUCGCUGAUCACUAUACGACUACAUACACACCUCCAGCGCACCAGAACUCGUCAUCGGCCAACGAUUAUGGUGGCCCACCAGAUCCUUACCAUCCAGGCUUUCAAUCAACUCCGUCGUAUCUGGGUCGGCAAGAGAGCUCUGCAAACAACUUGACCAUGCACGGUGCGCAACCACCGAUUCAGGAAGAAGACGAACACAUGCGACCGCGCAUUGAACGCCCACGGACGCCUGAUCUCAACGUGCCUCAGCAACAGGCCCACGACGUUUCGCCCGUCGCUGAACGUAAUACCGUCACGUACAGAUACUAG